GACAGUAUCAACAUGAAUUUCACUAUUUGGAUGUUGGUGUUGUUCUGUGGUCUAACUUUGGCCCAGAAUGAUGUUAAUGAAACAGAAAUCUCUGGUGAAACAAAGUUAUGUUUUCCUGAAAUGUCACUCUUGCUCCUAGAGCUCGGUGCUGUGAAAGCAAAAUUAGAAGCUGUGGAAAUAAAACUGGAAGAGACCGAAAGCCAGGUUCUGGUUCUCAACAAGAUAGGUAAAUCCUUGGAAACAAAACUGAAAGAAACCGAAAACCAGGUUUUGGUGCUUCAGGAGAAAGAAGCUUUCAAGAUAGUUUUCAGUGCUGGGAUACUUGGGAAUGCAGCCAUUGGACCCUUCACCACAUCAAAAACCUUGAACUACACAAGAGUCAUAACAAAUUUGGGCAAUGCCUACAACCAGCACACAGGUAUCUUUGUUGCACCUGUUAGAGGCAUGUACUACUUCUCCUUCUUCUAUCAUGCUGGUGGAGGACAUCCAGUGGUUCUGUUUCUCAUGAAGAACAAUCAGGUUGUUGUGGAGUGCACUGAUCAUCAGACAUCUCAUGAUGCAGCUGAUAAUGGAGGGAAUGCUGCCUUCUUGGAGCUGCAGCAGGGAGACCAGGUCUACGUCCAGCUGGAGGCAAACUGUGAAGUUUGGGGAGACAGCUACACAACUACAUUUAGUGGCUUUCUUCUGCAUAAAGUCUGACAAAAGAUUAAACAUUGAUGUGAUCAUUUAAAUGGCUUAAACUUACUGAGUGUCAAUGUCAUGGUUAGUGUUUUUUCUGUUUCUUAAGCAAAAAGCAGUAAAGGCCUUAAUUUGCAGAAAAGAGCAUUUCUAAAAAGAGCAUGAAGGAUAUGAAUGGAAAAAGAAAAUAUACAGUUAUGUAUAUUCUGGAGGCUUUUUUUUCCAGAAUUUUUCACAUUUAAAUAUAAAUCUGGUGGAGAACAUGGACAUUAUGAACAUUAUGGUGUUUCAAUCUGUGUAGAAAUGGAUUUAAGUCUGUCAAUAAAGCUUGAAUUGAUCUGAACAGAAUUUACAGUCAGUCAAUAAAUGAAAAUACGCAUUUCAAUGAGGCUCAUUGUCAGAUUAGAAAAUUAAAAACUUUUAAGCAGCUAAUAAACAUACCUUAAGAUUACAUUUCUGAAUAAUUUUUUGUUCUUGUUGGUCUGAUGUAAUAUUCUAAUUUUAAAUGUCAUGUUUUCA